AUGUCCAAAUCCAUGUCUCCAAACAAUCUCCUUUCCCUUCUCUUCCUCCUCCUCCCUACUUGGACAACUCUUUUCGUCACAACUUUUGCCUAUGAUGUCUCUAUUAAUUCAACUCUUAUGUUCCCUUUUAAUUGCUCUGUAAUUGUCAAGACAUGUAACUCUUUACUCUACCACAACAAUGGUCUUCAAGAAGAACAAAUUGCCUCCUAUUACUCUGUCAACACUUCACAAAUCAAGCCCAUUAGCCAUGGCAACAAACAAGACUACUUAGUAUCAGUACCUUGUUCUUGCAAAGACGUCAAUGGCACCGUCGCCUACUUCUACGAUACACUCUAUAAAGUGCAGCCAAACGACACGUUUUUCAAUGUUUCGAAUCAGAUUUACAGUGGGCAAGCUUGGAAUGAUGGAGGAGAACAACAUUUUGUUGCAGGAGAAGAAUUUCCAAUGCAUCUACUGUGUGGUUGCGUGGGAAGUGAGUCGCAAAUUGUGGUGACAUACACAGUUCAGCAAGGUGACACAUUAGUAGGUAUUUCUACUCAGCUUUCUGCUAAAAUAAGUGAUAUAGAGAACAUGAACAGAAAUCUGAUUCAGAAUCCAGGUUUUAUAGAUGUUGGGUGGGUGUUGUUUGUGCCAAUGGAGAAUAAUGGAACUACAGUCCCAUAGAGAGAGCUCAGCAAUGUUUUUCUGAGAAUUAUACUCGUCUCACUUCAACAAAUGAAUAAUCUUCUUUUUUUUUUUUUUUUUUUUUGAAACGUAAUAAAGCCAAAUGUUAAAUGUUUGAACUUAGUAGAAGUUCUUGCUGAUGAACUUUUGGACUACCAACAAAUUGUUUUUUUUUUUUUUUUUUGGUUUGUUUGUUUUGUUUCUGUAAAUGUACUUGUUGCAAAUUGUCUCAGAUUGUAUUACCAUUUGACAAGGUUGAUAGAUACCCUUCGAUUAGAACAAAAAUACUGAUGAUAAACUUGACAAAAACUUCACAAGGUUGAUCUAAAUGGUUAAUUAUGGAA